AUGUCGACUAUCCAGGAGAUCAAGUCCGUCGACGAGUGGGACGCGCACCUGCGCGCCCUCGACCCGUCCACCCUCCUCGUCGCCUCGUUCCAUGCGCCCUGGGCCGCCCCCUGCGCCCAAAUGGCCACCGUCCUGCAGGCCCUGGCCGACGAAUACCCGCCGACACCCACGCCGCCGACGACGUCGUGGGUCUCGCUCAACGCCGAGGACCUGAGCGACGUCAGUGAGCAGUAUGAUGUCACUGCCGUGCCGUUCCUCGUGCUCCUGCGCAACGGCCAGGUUCUCGAGACGGUCAGCGGCAGCAGCGCCCUCAAGGUGCGCGCCGCCAUUGAGCAGCACGCCAAGGGAGGGGCGGCGGGCGGCACAUCGGCGUCGCCAGCGGCAGCGGCAGCGGGGCAGGCACAGUCGAGCGGUGCCGGCGCGGCAAUAGCUCCCAUUGCGGCGGCGACGCCCGACCCGGCACAGCAAAAGGAGGAGCUGUUCAAGCGGCUGGGCGACCUGGUCAAGGCGGCGCCCGUGAUGCUGUUCAUGAAGGGCACGCCGGGCGAUCCGCAGUGCGGUUUCUCCCGGCGGCUGGUGGCCAUCCUGCGUGAGCACGGCGUCAAGUACGGGUUCUUCAACAUCCUGGCCGACGACGAGGUGCGGCAGGGCCUCAAGGAGUUUGCCGACUGGCCGACGUACCCGCAGCUGUGGAUGCGCGGCGAGCUGGUCGGUGGUCUGGACAUUAUCAAGGAAGAGCUCGAGAGCGACAAGGACUUCUUCACCGAGUUCAGCGUCAAGCCCAGCGCAACGGCGGCAUAA